UAAUCGUAACACGUAAAUAAAUCAUAAUUAAACAAAUUCCUUUUCAAGUCCGACACUCUGUCGGUGAAGAAAAACAAAGCACAGCUCUCACUAACUCUCUCUCCCCCAAACGCGCACUGAACGACUACACAGACCUGCAGAUCUCCAAACGACGUCAGUCCACGGCGAAUCUUCGGCCACAUUCCCACCGGAAUGUCAGAUUCCGGCCACCAGGUGUCGAGAUGAAUGUGAUCCAGGGCAGUCAGGCUCAAAAUAUAGAGAAACCAAUUCCGGGAUGCUUGGGUAGAAUGGUAAACCUUUUUGAUUUAAGCAAUGGUGCAACUGGAAACAGGCUGCUUACAGAUAAACCACAUGGUCAUGGUUCUUUACUCCCAAGGAGUCGGUCAGAUGUGGCAAGGAUGCCAAGUGCACCCUUUGCAGAUCAGAUUGAAGAUAAAAUGAUCGUGUCCGAGUUGAGGAGAAGCUCCUCAAACAAGAAAGCGAGUGGAACACCAAUGAAGACACUCAUAGCCCAAGAAAUGUCCAAAGAAGUGGAUUCCAGACAUAAUCCACCAAAUGUUGUUGCCAAGUUGAUGGGACUAGAUACUCUCCCACGGCAACAGUCUAAUUCAGCUGCAGAAAGAAGCCAUUCAAAAGGUUAUUCAAGACGUUCUUUAAGUCACUCAGAGAUACUAGUGGGUUGCUGGGAGCAAGAUCAUGGUUAUUUGGACAAGCGAACGCAGCAUGAACAACAAAAUGAAUACAAAGAUGUAUAUGAGAUCUGGCAGCAAUCUCAAAAGACAAAUGUAAGAGAUAGUUCACCACACAAAGGAAGGCAUAAUGAAAGUACAAAUGAGAAAAAGAUGGUCAUUGUUCGCCAGAAGUUCAUGGAAGCAAAGCGUUUGGCCACAGAUGAGAAAGGCCGCCAGUCCAAAGAAUUCCAAGAUGCAUUAGAAAUUUUAAGUUCCAAUAGAGAUCUAUUCCUCAAGUUUCUGCAAGAACCUAAUUCCAUGUUCUCUCCACGUCUGUAUGAUAUGCACUCUAUCCAUCCGCCUCCUGAGACAAAGCGCAUCACUGUCCUAAGACCUUCUAAGGCUGUUGAUAAUGAAAAGUUUGCAGGAUCAGGAGCGAAGUAUGAUAAGCAGGCAAAUAAACCAGUUCAUGCUGGCCAAGUUACUUUGUGUGACAAAAAUAACACUGGAUGUUCUCCUACUUUUGCUAAUGAGAGGUUUGAAGAGUAUCCUGCUCAGCCAACACGAAUUGUAGUAUUGAAGCCUAGCCCUGGGAAGACUCAUGACAUUAAGGCUGGGGUUUCACCACCUAUUUCAUCACCAAGCAUAUUACAGGGUGAAGAGUUUUAUGAUGAACCCGAACAUGAUGAAGGACAAGAAUCAAGAGAGGUUGCCAAGGAGAUCACACUGCAGAUGCGUGAAAAUCUUUUGGGUCAUCGGAGGGAUGAAACUCUCCUUUCUUCUGUUUUUUCUAACGGCUAUAUUGGUGAUGAUAGUUCCUUUAACAAAUCAGAAAAUGAGUAUGCUGUGGGAAAUCUCAGUGAUUCAGAACUCAUGUCACCAACUUCCAGGCACUCAUGGGAUUAUAUCAACAGGUUUGGUAGCCCCUAUUCUUGUUCCUCUUUCAGCCGUGCAUCAUGUUCUCCAGAGUCUUCUGUUUGCAGAGAAGCAAAAAAGCGUCUUUCUGAAAGAUGGGCCAUGAUGACCUCAAAUGGGAGUUUUCAGGAACAAAAAAAUAAUCGAAGAAGCUCUAGCACAUUGGGUGAGAUGCUUGCCCUUUCAGAUACAAAGAAAUCAGUGAGGUCUGAGGAAGAGGCUUCUAACAUGGAACAAGAUCUGAGGGGAUCUACUUCAUGCCUAACUGGUAAUUUAAACAAGGAAGAAGGCAUGGUUGAUUCGCCUAAAAGCCUCCUGAGGUCCAGGUCUGUGCCUGUGUCGUCCACGGUAUAUGGUGCUGGGCUCAAUGUUGAGGUUUCAGAUUCACAGGCAGGCAGAAAAGAAGUUUCCAAAGAGCUAAGGAAGGCAAAAAGCACGUCAUCAUCUUUAAAGGGAAAAGUUUCUAGUUUAUUUUUCUCAAGAAGUAAGAAAUCCAAUAAAGAAAAAUCUGGUGGAUCUCAAUCUAAAGAUGAGAAUCAUUCUCCUACUCCUGAAACACCAGGUUCACCAAUACCUCUUCCUGGAAAGGUCGGUGAUGAUUCAUCUCAGUGUACCAAUAGCAAUGGCCUUGAAGAUUGUUUAUCUUCUGGUUCACGAGGACCAUCAAAUAAAACUACUUGUCCAGAUUUGAUUGACAUGGCAACAAAGCAAGGGUUGGUUUCCCGGGAGGCACCCUUGUCAGUGGCAAAGACUGCAGGGCCUGGGAAUUUGAGUGAGAACCAAGAUCAGCCAAGUCCAAUCUCAGUUUUAGAACCCCCAUUUGAAGAGGAUGACAACACAGUUCCGGAGCUUUCUAGCAAUUUCAGGCUAAAUCGCCAUGGAGCAGAGGUGCCUCUUAAGUCAAAUUUGAUCGACAAGUCACCACCUAUAGAAUCAAUUGCGAGGACUUUGUCAUGGGAUGAUUCUUGUGUAGAGACGGCCACACCAUAUUCAUUAAAACCCUCAUCAAUCUCUUCCUGUGCCGAGGAAGAAGAACAGGAGGACUGGCCUGCCUUCAUCCAAUUGCUGUUAUCAGCAGCUGGCCUUGAUGGCAACAUGCAACUAGAUUCAUUUUUUGUCAGAUGGCAUUCACUUGAAAGCCCAUUAGACAAAGCAUUGAGAAACAAGUAUGCUAGCCUAAAUGACAAAGAACUUCUGCAUGAGGCGAAGAGAAGGCAAAGGAGAUCAAGUAGGAAACUUGUGUUUGACUGUGUCAAUGCAGCACUCAUGGAAAUUGCUGGUUGUGGAUCGGACAGGAACCCAAUGGGCAUGCCAUGUACUGGGGCUAACACCAGGCUUGCACAAGGGGCAUCGCCCAUGCUAGUGGAGCACUUGUGGGCCCAAAUGAAGGAAUGGUUUUGUGGUGAAGUGAGGUGUACUUUGGAGGACAGUGGGGACAGCUCCAGGCUGGCGGUGGAGCGGGUGGUGAGAAAGGAGGUGGUGGGAAAAGGGUGGUCUGAUAAUAUGAGAGCGGAAUUAGAUAAUUUGGGGAAGGAAAUAGAAGAUAAAUUGCUGACAGAGCUUGUGGAGGAUGCUGUAGCAGAUUUGACAAGUUGGGUUUGAUGAGGCUAUCUUUACUUUCUUCUUUUUUUCCCCUUUUCCCCCUCUAUUUAUUGCAACUCUGUUUGUCUAUUUGUGCAUUUGAUUCUCAACAAGGAUGGUCCCUCCCUACCCAACUCAUUUGUUUAAUGCUGCAAGUAAUUAAAUUAAUGUCCAUUUGUCAA